CGACUAGCAUUCAAACAGUUCGUCAACAGAUUACUCGUCAUCACUUCUUUGCCCAUUCCGAUUACAACGAAAGACAUGGCUGUUUCCCGGAACGAAGAUAACACAAAAAAGGGCCUUCAAAUCUUGGAAGAAAGCCUCUCUGAGAUGCCCUUGAACAUGCGGCUUUUCUCACUCUCGAUGCGUUCUUUGUAUGCUGACAAAGCAGUUGGAGGGGGCAGCCAAGCUGCUGUAGACUUCCGAAAGCUCCGUGACAACACACGGGACGACGCAAUGGUCUAUCUAAAAGGAGUGCUUCCGGUAGCCACCAAGUUCGUUUCCAACAUCAGUGAGUUCUUCGAGUUUUACACUGCUCUUUCGUACGAAGAAUGGUGCGACAUGUUGAAAGAUAUUCAACAGGAAAUAACCUGCUAUAAGGGACUUGCUGAGGUCCUUGUCCAAAUGCACGAAGAUAUAUUGGUACCGCUGAAGAAAAGAGAAGACGAAGCCACAGUGAUUGUCAAGUCACUCCAAAACCUACAAGAGGAGUACGACAAGAAAAGAAAAGAACUCGAAAGUACCGCCGGAACGAAGAAAGGGUGGGCAAUUGGGCUGUCAUUUGUUCCCUUUAUAGGAGCUAUAGCAAGCCCACUGUUAGCUGCGUCCGCAAGCACUGACCUCGCAGAAGCAGUCGCUAAAGGAGAAGAGUGCCUCAUCCAAGAAAGAGCCGCCAUUGCGAUCAAGGAAUGUCUCGUCCCUGCCCUCAAAAACUUCAUCGGUGGUCUUGAGGCUGCAGCCGGUUUCUUUUCUGUCAUGGAGAGUGAGCUGGCGAAGUUUGAGGGCAAAGCCAACAAAGCCUUAGAAAAUAAACUGAUGCUUCAUUACAAAGUGAUGAAGAAAGAAGCCGAAAAGAUGGAUGGGCUGUGCAUGAAAUUCCACGCUGUUCUACCGGCCGUGCGUACUGAUUUUCACGCGAUCCCUACGACUGGAACCGACAAGUCCUACGUCGAUAAGUGGCUUGAAGAGCAGAAGAAGGUCAUCAAAAGCAAGCUAAAAGAUAAGGCUGUGGGUGUCUUGAAAGCCAUCAAAGAUUAUGACCCUCCUUCUGAAAAGUAAAUUUGACGAAGUAGAACGGAAUAUCACGCGCUGAUAUAAAAUCAUCAACACGGCCUAUAUUACUUCUGAACACUAUGUCAAACUCUAUCAGGAAUUCAUAUUUUUGUACUAAAAAUGUCAAGGGUUUCUAGUUUGAAACUGUUUAGAAAAUUUUGCCCCAUAUUGGCACAUCUGGCAUCCUCGAAAUUUUUGGCCUAUCACAUUUUGGUUUAACGGACCAUUUCCACUCCAGUUGAUUCCUUUGGGAAAUAAUUUUUGUUUAUAGCAUGUUUUAAUCAGGACUUGCCUUAAUGGGGGUGGAGCCAUUUGACCCCCCCCCCCCGCCAAAAAUGAAUAAAUAAAUAGAUAAAAUAAAUAAACAAACAGAUGGGGGCAAAUGGAGAGUAAAAAAUGCGAAAGAUAUUCUUCCACAAAUAUGUCAAAAUAGAUUGAAAAUAAUUUUAAAAGGCAAAAUUGGUUCUAAAGAUGGUUCAACUUCUUUUUUCUUUAUCUCUUAUCCAGACAGCAUUUUAUUUUUGAAUGUGGUAUUGUGAGCAAGGUACAUGAAUAGGACAUGAUUUUCUGGUCUUACUGGUGGCGAAUUGCGCCUUCUUUCGGCUGAGCAAAUACAUUUAGCUACAAUUGGCACCCACUCUGCUAAUUAAAGGGUGGCUGUAACUCAGUGCACGUGUGAUAUCUCCUAGGGGAAGAAUGUGGCAAAACAGAGCAGUCCGUUUUCAAAUCUUGGUCUCUUUGAGCUGCAUUCAAAACAUACUUUUGGAGUUUCAAAUAUAUGUAUGUACUAUGUCGCUUUACAUCGCAUCGUAUUUUGUAAUGAUAAACUAAAUCAGUUUGGUACAAUACAGACCAAAAGAUGCUGGUAUGAUAGAGUCCCCCUUCUGUACAAACGAAGUACAAACAUAUUAUAUUAUUAAAUGUGCUGAAGUGUCUAAGAUUUGUACUGAAAUAGGACACAAAUUGUCUUUCUUUUUUUCCUUUUAUAUUUUAACAUAUAAUCUUUUACUCGGUGAUAGUGACAAUAUUACAGAUAAUGCUUUAUGAGAUCAUGUGAUAAUUUUGAUUAAAUAUAUGAUUUACACUAAUCGUAAACUGGUGAGGGUUCCCACAUGUAGGUAAAUACGCAGGGAAUACAUUGGCACUGCACCAUACUAAAUUGAAAAUGUUCCCCUGUCGUAUAGGUAAAUGUCGUAAGUCAAUUAUAUUUUAAUAUUUUUUUUAUUACAUUUUACUCCAGCUCACUUUCCUUUUUUAUUUUUUUCUUUCACUGAUCUUCACCCAUCAAAGUCAAUUAACAAAAAAAAAUCAAAUAUAAGGUUAUCUUGUGACAAAGCUCCAUUUGGAUUAAUGAUUAAUAAAAGUAGUAUUUAAUAGUUAUAACGACGAUGAUAAUGAUGAU